AUGGAUUUAGUACCUCCCAAUUUUUUCAUAUUUCGACCUUGUAUAUGUGUCACCCAGUUUGCCGGGGCGGAUGUUGGGUUGAACUCAGGAAAGUUUGGGCUUGUACUCGCUCCCGAAACCAAAAUGAUGAGAACCUUGAGAUGUCUUGCAGAAACAAGCUGGGCGAUUGGAAGCCGACGCCCAACACUACUUUCAUUGCCUCAAAGACGCAAAGGUGGUACUGAGCAACGUUGGGAUCAAUUAUUACGCGAAUCAGAAGCACUGGGGGUACUGGCUAAGAAUGCAACUGUGCGCGUGUACUUGUCACCUGGUCUCUCGAAAAGCCUGAUAAAAUACUUUUCCUCCACUGAGGGAGAACCGGUGGAGGUUAAAUCAUCACUCUUAAGAGAAUUUCUUCGCAAGGAAAACAUUACAAUAAAAGUAAUUGAAGACCACGGGACUCUCCCAGUCUUGCAAGUGGGGCCAAUUCUUGAUACAAGCGGCUGUGCUACCGGUUCAUCAUUAACGUCACCAAGAGGUAAACUGCUGAAGCUUCGUACUACUAUCGACGACCACAUGAUGGAUGUCAAAGUUCGGCAGACCUCUGAGCUCCUAGCCAAGGGCCACGAAGUGACUGUCUCCGUUCGUCUUCCCCUCAAACAGAUGAGACACCUUACGAACUCUAUGCUCUCUGAGGAACAGAAGUUGUCAAUCAAAAAGUUAUAUGAGUCCAGUGCGCAGCGGUUUAUGAAUGCCUUCAAAGGUUGCAGCUCAAAGCCUCCCAAGUUGAUCCAAAGUAAUGACUUCCAGGAAUUCUCGAUAGUCCUAUGCAGUUAA